AUGCCCGGAAAUACAAAUUUUAUCGCAUACCGUAAAGAUUCGUCUGACAGAGUCUUAAGGGUCGCAAAGAAGCCAGUGAAAGAGGCUCCGGUGAGAAAUGUAGUAAAGGUAGACAGUUCCAAGUCGAAUAUCCCAGAACGACGUAGAUGCGAUUGUAACGCAACAGAACAUCCACUAUACAAUAACUGUGUAGGAUGUGGUCGUAUAAUAUGCACGGUAGAGGGGCCAGGUGACUGCUUUCAAUGCAAACGUCUUAUUUGUCCUCCUGGAACGACUCCUCCAGAGUUUUCUGACUCGCAAGAGUUCAGUAGAGCUCUCUUCCUCAAGAAUAAGCUUCUCAGUGCCGACAAAGAGUACCAGUCUGAGAAUUUCAAGGUGCAUGAUAUGCACAGCGGCUGGUUUGAAGAGUCAAGGGAUAUAUUCAAUGAAAAUAGCGAUAUCGCAUACCAAAAAUGGUUGAAUGAAGAAGCUACACAAAAGAGUGAAAACGACAUAAGAAGAUACGAUUUAGAUUUGACGACUGGUGCCUUGAGUGUGGCAAAACAAAAAUGA